CUCUCAAUCGUUUUAGAAAACUAGCGCUGGUCUUGCCCAAGAUGCCCCAUAUCCAAACAGUCGCGGUAGCUGGUGCAACUGGCACCCUCGGGCCUCGAGUCGUGCAAGCACUUAUUGAGGCAGACUUCCAGAUCACCAUUCUCACUCGCAAGAAAUCAGGGGCAUACCGGUCGGGCGUCAAGGUCUUUGAGGUUGAUUUUGGCUCUCUGGAGUCAUUGACCCGCGCCCUUGAAGGCAUUGAUGCCGUCGUGUCCAUGGUGGGCGGCCCAGGCAUUGACAACCAACCCCUUCUAAUUGACGCCGCUGUCGCUGCUGGAGUAAAGCGUUUCAUACCCUCCGAGUUUGGAAGCGUGACCACCAACCCUGAACUCGAAGAAGUUUUCCCCUACAGCUCCUUCUCCAGGGUUCGGAAAUAUCUCCAGAGUAAGGCGGAGGCUGGCGAUCUAUCGUGGACGGUUCUUAGAUGCGGCGCCUUUUUGGAUUUCUUGCUCAACACCCCCACUUUACUCGACUGGGACACCCACACGGUGACCACGCUCGACGAUGGUGAGAAUAGGAUCAGCUCCACGUCUAUGCCCAUGGUCGGGAGGGGGGUCGCUGGCAUUCUGCGCAACUUCGAAGCCACCAAGAAUAAAGUCAUGCGUAUCUCUGAAAUUAUCUUGACCCAGAAUCAGCUGGUUGAAUUCGCAAAUGAGCUGAGGCCUGGUAUUAAUUGGACGGCGACUGACAAGGUUAGCACAGCUGUGCUUUUACAGGAAGGCCUGGACCAGAUCGCGGCUGGGGACGUUAGCCUGCUAGCCAUGAUGAAAGUGAUUAAAGGCACCGGGCUUGCAGGUGAUAUCUAUGGUGCAGCAUAUGACGUGACAGACAAUGAGCUGCUUGGCAUCAGGGAACUUACGCCAGGGGACCUGAAGAGACUUGUAGCUGAGAAGCUCGCCGAAGCAUGAAGCUGGUUGGCAGGACAAGACCGGACUUUAAACGACUGAUUGCGAAUCCUGUAUCUAAUACUUAGGCGGCCAGAAUUCGCAGGACCUCAGGUCGAAAAACACUUCAUUUUGGUGCUGUGGACGAAUUCUGAAGUGGGUGGUCAGGCAAAUCAAGCACCAGCCUUAAAUAUACCUUUAUCUUAAACAGUUUCUUCCUAGAUUACUACGGGAUGCCUAAGGUGAAACCCUACCUGCAGCCAUAUAUCUUCGCCGUUGACGUCACAAAUGAUACAGCUGCAAUUCGG